AUGAGUGGGAUUGAGGGGCGUGAGUGGGAGGGGCGUGAAUGGGAGGGGCGUGAAUGGGAGGGGCGUGAAUGGGAGGGGCGUGAGCCUUGUGCUUGUUGCAUCGUCCUUCUUCCAGUCCCCCCCAUUUCUUCCACACAACCUCUCCCCACCCCCUCCCCCCGUUUCUAUUUUUUUCCCCUCUCACCAUCUUGCCUCACAUUCAGGCUGGUGGUGGAUCUGGGCGUCCUGGGCGUCAUGGUGCACCAGCAGCCCAUGCAUAAUGGCAUGCUGGGCGUGAUGCUGCACCAGCAGCCCAUGAUGCCCAUCACCUUCUAUUCCUCACCGCCUGGCGUCAGCAAGAGCAUGAGCCAAGAGCUCAUGGAGGAAGAGAUCACAGCCUUCACACUGGGCAUGGCACUGCACGACCCCAGCACCCCCGAGUGGUCCAUCUACAUGCCCAUGGCCAAGUCCCUCGUCCGCGCCCUCGAUGCCACCCAGCUCGCUGCCAGGGAGCUGCUGCCCCACGUGCCCGUGGAGGGCUUUGUGAGUGUCGGACGAGUGGUGGCGUUCAUAUCGUACGGCUACGAUCUCAUCAACUUUCAGCCCAACAUGCAGCACCUGCUGGACUCCCUGGGUGCUGUUCCCAUUCUGGGAAGGUUCUACGUGGAUUACAAUCUCACUCGCUUCCUUCACACCCCACAGCUGCGCCACAUCCUGAGCUACACGGACCCCUACUUCUUUCGGGAGCGCCUCACCAUGCCCAAGCUGCUCAUCGCUGCCUCCAACGAUGAGUUCUUCUUGAUGGACGACUCGUACUUCUAUUACAACGGCCUGCCACCCCCCACGCUGCUUAAGAUCGUGGCCAAUGUGGACCACAUGGUCAUUCAGAAGUCCUAUUGGGCCUAUGAUGCUGCCAUCUCCUUCCUCGCCUCUCUCCUGCACGUCAACUCCUCCUGCGCCUCUCUCCCCGCCUCCUCCCGUCCCUCCCUCACCUGGACUCGCCCCUCCACCCCCACCCCCGCCGCCCUCAUUCCCCACACCACCUCCUCUCCAGACCCAACUCCCUCUCACAACCCUCACAGCUCUCAGCCUUCCAGUCUCACAGACGCAGAGGCAGCAGCAGUGGGGGCGGCAGUGGGGGCAGCAGUGGCAGAGGCACAAAAUCCCCCCUGGGAGUGCGUUCCUGAUCUGCCAGCUGUUGAUUGGCCGCGGUUGAGGUGGCAGUUUGAUUGGCCCACGUUCACGAUCCAUGCCACGUCAGACAGGAAACCAUUGGCUGUUAGGGCAUGGACUGGGCGCACGAGGCCGGGCAGCAAGCGGCGGGACUUCCGGUUCAUUGUAAAGCAAGGGCUCACCGGGUGCACGGUGCCAUUCAAGAGUGCGCCGGGCAGCUACAUUGCCAAGUUCGGCACGCUCUGUGUGCAGCCCAUCCUGUUCCUCCUGCACACCGUCUCGCCGCCCGCGCUGCAACCCGAUGGGCUCUGGUACUUUAAUUCCUCAAUCAGAGACAUUCCCAAGGUGAGUGUGAUCAAGUGUGAUUGCGUGUGGUGA